AUGAAAAUACAGAAGCAGCCCGAAGGUGCUCGGCGGCGUUUGGAUUACAGUGCGGCUCCCGCUGAGCUCCGGGGCGUGGAGAUCAUCCGUGGUCGUGCUGGGUAUGGCUUUACUAUCUCAGGUCAGAGGCCGUGUCUGUUGAGUGGCAUCAUGAAAGGCAGCCCCGCUAACCUGGUGGGACUCAGACAGGGAGAUCGCAUCAUGGCCAUCAAUGGGGCCGACGUGUCCACUGCGACGCACGAGACUGUGGUGCAGCUGAUCGGCAGCUGCAAGGGACCCUUGCAUUUAGUGGUGGAGACAGAGGGUCGAUUAAUGGAAAACCCUAUUCUUAGUGAUGUGAAUUUUGGCUAUGCUCAGAAGAGUGCUGUCUACCAAAAACAAGGUGUUCUUCGCACAAUAUCGGUUGAUUCAAACAAGCCGUCAUUUAACGCUAGCAAUAAUGUCCCUGCUAAACAGAGGCCAGUCUCAGAGCCCGAUAUGUCGCAGUGGUCACAUCAGUGGAGUGUUUUAUCUAAACGGCCAAAGGAGGAACCCAGGACACAGAAGGACACAGAUUCUGUUUUCACAGAGUCAGAGGAAGCAAAUCCUGAGUGGACCGUUCUAAACAUGACUCUGGUGGUGGGGUACCUGAGCUCUACAGAGCUGAUUUUGAACACGAGCGAUCCGGAAGCUGAAAGUUUGAAGGCCAUACGGGAGAGAAUCCGACAGCUGGGCACAGAGCAGGAUACCCACACGCUGGUGAUGAUGAAGAUCAUGUUUGAUUGCAUUCGACUGUGUGAUGAUGCAGGAGCCGUUUUGGCCGCAUUCCCAACUGAAAACCUUGUCUUAGGGGCUGUUUGUGCCGAGGACCCGCGCUUCUUUUGCCUGGUCACCACUGCACAUGUUAUUAAUGGCCGUGCACCAGACGACGGGCCUCUGCGGGCUUCCUGCCAUGUAUUUUUUAUUGACCCAGAGCUGGGGAAUCAUGACGACCACAUUGGGAUUGCUGGCCGCUUUGGCUUUGAAUGUACUCCAGACCCAGACGCUUUUGGCUGUGUGGAAUUCCCUCAGACUCCUCAGGAUGUGCUUCACUUUGUGGCAGCCCUGUACACAGACAUGGGGGAGGCAGUCGACAGACUUCGAGUCAAACUUGAUUCUGAGGCUCAACAUCAAGCAAAAGAGAACGACAGCGCCAGCAAGCACGGGAGUGCCAGCAGCCAAGGAGACAGUGGCAUUGGAAAUGCCUCUCCCCCCGAAGAGAGAGCGGACAGGGAUUUCCCUUCUGAAAUCCAAAACCAUCCUGGGGCCCACCUCCCCAGCUGUCCUUGGGAUUAUCCUCCGGCUGAAGACCUCACUUCAAUAAAUUCCUCCAAGAAUCGCCCAAUUCCUAAUCCGGAGAAAAGUGCCAGCAAUCAUUGCCUUUUAGAGUUAUUACCUGGCCCAGAUUCUUUAACCAGCUUUUAUGGAGGUCCCCCACCCAGGCUGGAAUUCCACUUCAAGCCCCCACCCCCUCUUCUACCUAUGGAGACAUUAACCGAUGAUGGGUCUUCCAACAUUAGCCCCGCUGCCAGCACAAACAUCCUGCCUCCUCCAAUAAGCCACACACCAGAUGCCCAGCCUGCAGAAGUCAUGAUGUUGCCUCCAAAGGAGGACUGGACCAAAAGGUUUCUUGAACAGAGGCAGAGACAGCGGACAGAUGGAAGCAAUAAAAAUGGAUCCAGGUUUUGGGGAAUGGGGGGUGUCCGUGCUUCUAGACGGCGCUCUGCUAAACGUCUCAGCCUGGCACGGUCACUGGAUGAUCUCGAGAGACUCGCACACGGCUUAGAUCCAGUGGAUGGACUCUUCUACACACACCCGCCGCCAGGAACUGCGCUGAGGACGAGCCAGACACACGCACACACACACACAGUGCCACACAUGGAGCAAACUUUAACUCUAAACUCUUCGGCGGCUUCUUCUGAUGCUGACUACGGUGGAUUACAGCUGCCAGGAUGCUGCAGCCAGACUAGCCUGAACAGUAAUGGCAGUCUUCCAGGAGCCGGAAGCCAUCACGCCGGUCCAGAGCAACGUGUGGCUAGCUGGUCCACCUGCUUUGAGCGGCUCCUCCAGGACCCCGUGGGCGUGCGUUACUUCUCGGAAUUUCUGAAGAAAGAAUUCAGCGAUGAGAAUAUCUUGUUCUGGCAGGCCUGUGAAUACUUUAGUCGUGUCCCGCCAGCUGAUAAAAAACAGCUAUCCCAGCGAGCAGGAGAGAUUUACAACAGCUUCCUGUCCAGCAAGGCCACCAUGCCGGUCAACAUCGACAGCCAGGCCCAGCUGGCUGAUGAUGUCCUCACCUCCCCACGGCCCGACAUGUUCAAGACCCAGCAGCUACAGAUCUUCAAUCUGAUGAAGUUUGACAGCUACUCACGAUUCCUCAAGUCUUCCCUCUACCAGGAGUGUCUGCGUGCUGAGGUUGAUGGUCAGCCCCUGCCGGACCCCUAUCAGAUCCCCUGCAGUCCUGCGCCCUCAAAACACAGCGCCAGCUCUGACCGCUCCACCCUCUCCACUCCAAAAAAGGAAGCCCGAAAGCAGAGGUCAGGAAAAUCACUGAAUGAAGACAACAGGGAAGAGAGCGCAGACAAGAAACGUGGCAUAUUUUUCUCAUGGUCCCGCAACAGAAGCUUUGGGAAGGGUCCGAAGAAGAAGGACAUAGGUGACAUUAAUCUGGACUUUUGGGGCAAUAAUGGACGGAGGGAGUCCCAGGGAUCUCUGUCCUCCAGUGCCAGCCUGGAUAUUCCCACUUCUGGUCCGGCUAACAGGACUGAGUCUGAUAAUCGUCACUCAUUGGGCGGGUGGGAUCGAACACCCAAACAGUGUCGCGUGCUGCUGCCUGACGGUUCCAGCUCUUCGGUCGCCCUUCGGCCCGGAUCCUCCAUUAGAGAUGUCCUGCAAGACCUGUGUCAAAACAUCAGUGUCAACAUCGCCGCUGUCGACCUUUUCCUGGUGGGAGGAGAGAAGCCGUUGGUGUUGGACCAAGACUGCAUGACCCUCAAUUCACGGGACCUAAGACUGGAAAAGCGCACCUUGUUUAGAUUGGACCUGGUACCCAUUAAUCGCUCUGUUGGGCUGAAAGCCAAGCCCACUAAACCAGUCACCGAGGUCCUGCGUCCUGUGGUGGCCAAAUAUGGUCUCCAUCUCAGCGAUCUCGUGGCCAAAAUAAACGGCGAGUCUGAGCCUUUGGAUUUGGGUGCCCCCAUUUCCAGUCUGGACGGCCUGCGAGUUGUGUUGGAGCGAGCAGAGCCAUGUUCAGGGAAAGAUAAAUCCAAGUCUUCCUCAUUAAAAAACCACCCUCCAACCAGGAGUUUUUCUGCAGCAGGAGAUGAGAGGUCAACACCAAAGGACUUUUCUGUGAGAGCAAGUGGACCAGACUCAGCACUACCAGGAGAAAAGAGAAAACAGAAAAAGAUUAAUAUAGAUGAAGCUGAAGAAUUCUUUGAGCUGCUAAGUCGAGCUCAGAGCACCCGAGCCAACGACCAGCGUGGUCUCUUGAAAAAAGAAGACUUAGUGCUUCCUGACUUCCUUCGCCUGACUCCGCCUACCUCCUCCUGCUCCGUCUCCUCCGAUCUGGCCUGCUCAACCCCCGCCGCCCUCAAACAGAGCCGAGAGAACGGCGUGCCCCCCCGGGGCUGCCUGGCCUCCGGCCUGCGCUCAGAGAGCCUGGACUCCUCCCUCAGCUCCAGUGCCAACGGACACUCCGCGGCCAGGCGGUGCCUGCUGCCCCCUUCUCGCCACCCGACCUUUGGGACCCACUUGUCCCCAAUCCCGCGGCCCUCAGACACCCGGCCGAGCCUGCGCACGGUGGAGGAGGACGCCAACGCCGACCUGACGCUCGUGGGGGAGGGCGACAUCAACAGUCCCAACAGCACUCUGCUGCCGCCGCCUCUGUCCACCACGCCGUCCUUCGAAAGCAGCCUCCCCGAGGCCAACUUCACCCCGCCCACACCCUGCUCCCAGCCUCAGGAUGCAGGUGGAGAGGGAAGGUCCAGUUCAGAGAGAAGAGCAGAAACACUCCAGGGCACCAAACCUCCGGCCAACGGAGCAGAUGCCAAACACGAGGCGACGGACGUGGAGGGAGUGCAUCUGGAGGAAGGAGCGACGCACACAUCUCAGGGCGAGGACGCUGAGCUGAGCCUGAGUUUCCAGGGCUACGUCGCCGAGCUGCGACAGUGCCAAUCCAAAAUGAGGAAUGCCCAGAUGCCCCAGGCCGGCCGCAACCCUCCGGAGGGCAGGGACUGCCAGACGGACAUGUACAAGGCCACGAUUGUCUAAAGGGAUCCCCCACUUCUGCACUUUUAAAAGCCCCACCAGGGCCCUGAUGUCUGAAAGAGAAUUAGUCAGUUUCCUCCCUGAAAUAAUGAAUAUAAUGGUGACAUUGUACAUUUGUUUUAAUGUAGGAGCCUUCAAGUUGAACAGUAAUUGCUAGUUGUAUUUUUGGGAUUGUGGUGUGGUUUUGUCUCUUUUGUAUUAUUUAAUAAUUAAGUGAAAUGCAAUGUUCUUAUUAGUCACGUUAGAUUGUAUAACCACAGAACAAGUGUUCGACUCACUUCUUUGGGUACCGCUUUCUGGGAAGGCGUGGUCUCCAAAUCGCUCAGAGGGUGUAAUUUAAAGGCUGUAGGCUCUACAGCGAGAAUGAGCUAAAAAGGGAAAAUGAAUGAUAAAUUCCAGCCAAAGGGAUUAACCAUCAAUGAAGCUAUUAAAAAUGAACACACAGAUACAUUCACACGUUUGGCAGAAGGAUCUCCCCCCGGCGUCCUUGUGCCGGGUUUCCAGUCUUCUGCUGAGGUAAAACAGCAAAAAUCAGCUUAAACCUCCAGAAGAUUUUUGUUCUUUCACAAACCUUUGAACCAGAUUUCCAUCGGUGAAGUUUCCACCGACUUGCUUUUCCAUGUACGUAGUUAAAACCUUUAAGACAGACAGUGAGGCUUUAGAUUUGCAUAGAUUUCAAACUGCUGUUCUGUUAGAAAGCGGCACACAGCUUAGGACCAUGGACUUGUUUUCAGGAAAAAACAGAACAGGCAAUUCUUUGUUUUUCAAUGUUUGACUUUCCUUUGCUUAGAUUGCCUUUCUGUGUUUAACACAUAAUACAUUAUGGUACAUUUGUCUGUAUUUUAUUCCCUCUGUGGUUUCGAGGUUAUCCAGAUUGUUGAAUGAUAAUUAAAGAAAAAAAGCUUUGAUUGCUGC